AUGAAGUUUAUUUUGGUUCUUUUAUUCGCUCUACUGUCCAUUGCAUUUGCUCAAGUUAGUUUUGGACCUGGAUAUGGGAGACCAAGUAGCGGUGGAAAACCAGGCGGCGGUGGAGUUAAUAUUGUAAACAACCAACCUGGUGGCUAUGGGAGACCUAGUGGCGGCGGUAGACCAGGCGGUGGUGGAGUUAAUGUUGUAAACAACCAACCUGGUGGCUAUGGGAGACCUCAUGGCGGUGGAAAACCAGGCGGUGGUGGAGUUAAUGUUGUAAACAACCAACCUGGUGGCUAUGGGAGACCUCAUGGUGGUGGAAAACCAGCCAGUGGAGUUAAUUUCGUAAACAACCGACCUGGCGGCGGUGGCAGACCUAUUGGUGGCGGCGGUGGACGUCCUAACGGGGGAUAUGAACCGAUUAGCAUAGGCCCAGCAUAUGUUGACAAUAACAGACCCAAGCAAUUUUCCAACCCCCUCGCUCGCGGUGGCAAGUAA